ACAGAGCGUAAGGUGCGUCUUCGGUGUUACUGCACGAUGCUGGCCAGUAGAUCAAAUGAAAGAUGUAUUAAUCAGCUGCCCAAUGCUGGCACUAUGAACCCUUCUACAUCCACCAGGAGUGAAAGUGACUGGCAAGGGCUAGUGAGCGAGUUUCUGAUAUGCAAACGUAAGCUGGACAGUAAGAAGGAGGCUCUGCUGAUUCUGUCCAAAGAGUUAGACACAUGCCAGCAGGAGAGAGACCAGUACAAGCUGAUGGCCAACCAGCUGCGUGAGAGACAUCAGGGCCUGAAGAAAAAAUACAGAGAACUUAUUGAUGGAGAUCCUACGUUACCACCUGAGAAACGCAACCAGGUAAAUCUGGCUCAGCUGUUGAGGGAUUCACGGGACAGAAAUAAACAGUUAACAGAGGAAGUGAAGGAGCUGACUCAGAGACUCACUGAGGCUCAGGGUGACAACAAGCUUUUGAGAAUGACAAUCACGAAACAGAGGCUUGGGGAUGAUGAAGUUGGGGUCAGGCACUUCCCAGCUCACGAGCGUGAGGAUCUAGUCAGGCAGUUGGAGGAAGCAGGAUUACAGAGAGAAGAUCUGGAGAACAGCCUAAAGGCAGUGAGCGAUGAAUUGGAGGAUGUAAAGGCAGAAAGGACCGUAUACAAGGAGAAAGCCGAUCGCCUCAACCACGAGCUCAACCAUGUGCUGGGUGGUGGAGGCAAACGCAUUGUGGACGUGGACGCUCUUUGCAUGGAGAACAGGUAUUUGCAUGAGAGGUUAAAACAAGUUCAAGAAGAAGUCAGUCUGCUGAAAGCAAACAUCGUGAAAUAUAAGAGUGCUCUGGACCAGAGAAAGAACCUGAAAACAAGUGGCAAAUCUAACACUAGUGCACUUACUGGUGUGCUCUCAGCCAAACAGGUGCAAGAUUUAUUGUCGGAGGAUAAUGGAUGUGGUCUUCCAGUCACGCCUCAGUCUCUCUCUGAUCUGAAGUCUCUGGCCAUGGCCCUGCUGGAAACAAUUCAUGAAAAGAACAUGGUUAUUCAGCACCAACGGCAGACUAACAGGAUUCUGGGGACCCGAGUUGCUGAGCUUGAAAAUAAACUGAAGACUCUGGAGGUUUCUGGGCUUUGGAGUUUACCAGGUCUGACCUACAACAUUUCAGUGGGAUUAGGGACAGGAGGUAAAGAUGCCAUUAUUCUGACUGAGAGUCAACACACCACGCCUCCCUCCUCUCUUGGCCUUCCCUUACAGCCUGUGCCCAGUGAACGGCUGACUGAUUCGCAGCCCCCUGCAGAUGACAGGACAGGAAGUGGAGGGUUAUUGCCAUGGGAACUAGACACAGCUGGCGAUGACAGCUUCCUGAACGUGUGGCCUCGCUCCCGCCCCAGUCCAGAUGGAGGUGUAGACGAGAUGGAGACACCUGUCACCUCUGAGCAACAGGAGGACACGCAUUCUUGCGGACUGGAAACCACGAGGCAGACGGAGCGGCGGCUACGCGAUGAUGAAGUUGGGACGGUCGCAGAGAUGCAGCCGGUCAAAAAGCAGCAUCCUGUUGUAGAGGAAGGGGAAGUUGUUGAAGUGGAUGGCAGCUUGACUGUGGAGGAAGGUGAAGAUGCUGCCAUGGCACUGGCUUCUCCACCGUCUGAUAGCUCUGACUAUUCUCCACGUCUUGGUUCAAUGUGCAUCUGUGACCAAAGCCAGCAUGAGGACUAUAUCCAUCAUGAUUUUGGACAGAUUUUAGGUGUAGCUACUGAUCCUGAUGAUGUAUUGGAACAGAAGUUCUCAAGUCUUGUAUCUAUUUCCAAAGAGCCUACACUGGCUUCACCUCUUACACCUAGGUGGGAUCUGGACUAUCAAUCCGGAGAGACUGAUAGCUGUCACAGUGAAAGUGUGGCUUAAAUUUUGACUAAAGAAUUCGCGAGAAUUACAUUUCAGAAAGUUUUUUUUUUCAUUUCUUGUCUGUUGCCCUGUGGGUUCCAUAUUUUCCCUGAAAAGGCCUUAAUAUUUAGUCAUUGUCCUCGAUUAGACAUUGUACAAAAGAACAAAUGUGAAACAUGGAACACACAGAGCCCAGGUGUAAGUUACUUAAAGUGUGCGUAUUUUACACUUGCAAUCUCAAGAUGCAGGAAUCCUCUUGCAGAUUAAAACCAGAGUAUGUAUUAGUGAUUUUUGUGCUUUUUCAUUCUACUGUAUACAUCUUUGUCUGUUUAUUUGCUAUAGGCUAAAUUUACAAUCACUGAUUAUGAAUUAAGUUUAUUGUUGGAAAAAAAAAAUCAUCAACAAUGAUUUGUCUUCCAAAAAUAGGAAUAAGCUUAUUCUGAACUUUAUUAAAAUGCAUGUAUAUUCUAAACUGGAUUAAUACCUGUACAUAUAUUACACCAGCGACAAGAAUAAGGUGUAAAAGAAUAGUUCAAUAUCUUUUAUGUUCACACUUUGUCAACAUGCUAUUGUUGUUAUGGUACAUAUUUCUGCAGCCUUGAAAGUUUCAGUCUUCUCUACUUCCUUUUGUUUUUUUCUUUUUGUAGCAUGUUUAGCUCCUUUUUAUAAAGUCAGCAAAAUACUUUGUGUAUAUCAGACGGAUGCUGUAAUUUUCAAAGAACCUUGAAGAGUUGUUGUACAAAUUACAUUUAAAUCACAAAUGAUUUACGGAAGAUUGUUUCACAUCAUGAAGGUAUUGCUGUUAAUACAACUAAUUACACACUAAUUUAAAUGUUUACAAUUGUAUAUUUGUGGUUGCACUCCGCUUUUUGCUGCAUGUGCCUUACCAAAAUGAACAGGUUUUUUUUUAGGAGGUAUGAGAUGGACAUGAUAGGAUGAUAGACAUGUUUUUUUUGUUUGUUUUGUUUUUUUAGUCUGUGGCAUUAAGUUAAUGUCAGAUAUCUUGUUUAUGACAUGUAUAUCCUAUGGCAUAACUGUUUAAUUAAAUAUUAAUAUAUAUUUUCUCAAAA